CAAAUAUCUAAAAUUAUCACAAUCUGUGACAACAUUAUAGACCCACUGAUAACGAUAACUACAUGUACUGAGCAGCACAUAACAGUUAUAUUUUAUCUGCAUAGUCAAGACUUUCGUAUGGCCUAUCUUCGCAAUAUAAUAUUGAACUUCCUGUUGUUGUUUCUUUUUCAGUUGCCGGCUUGAAUUUCACUUUGUCAAAGACGAGAGUUAUAGUAGGAACUACAGGAAAGUUGUUCAUGUCAUGUCAUGUUUCAAAAUCAGACGUUGAGGUAUUCUAUAACAUACAGAUACGGAGAGAAACUAUUUCCGGAUGGCAGACAAUAGCACUUAUCGAAGCAGGUGGUAUUGAAGUGCCAGCUUUACAUAAAGACAUUGAUAAUGACAGGGAUUUUGUUGUUGGCGGUAUUCUGGAUAAAGAAAACCCACUUAACACUCUUUUGACUUUAGAAAUGAAUAUAGAGAAGAUGACUUAUAAUGAUGCAAGAUUGUAUAGAUGUGAGAUGACGUAUAAAAGCAAUAUUUCUGGAAGUGCUUUCUCUGAAACCAGAAAUGCCACACUUCUAAUAGAGGUUCCCGGCUUGGAUUUCACUUUGUCAAAGACGCGAGUUACGGUAGGAACUACAGGAAAGCUGUUAUUGACAUGUCUGGUUACAGAAACAGAUAUUGAGUUAAUAUAUAGCAUACAGAUACUGCGAAAAACUAAUUCCGGUUGGCAGACAAUAGCAAAUAUCGAAGCAGAUGGAAUGCCAGCUUUAUAUAAAGACAUUUGUAAUGACAGGGAUUUUGUUGUUGGUGGUAUUCUGGAUAAAGAUAACCCACUCAACACUUAUUUGACUUUAGAAAUGAAUAUGGAAAAGAUGACUUAUGAUGAUGCCAGAGUAUAUAGAUGUGAGAUGACGUAUAAAAGCAACAUUUCUGGAAGUGCUUUCUCUGAAACCAGAAAUGCCACGCUUAUAAUUGUUCAAGCCGAUAAUAAAACGGAAGAACGAGCAGACACAUUGCAAUAUUCAGAAUGUGUCAGCAAAACUACUUCUAUGAUUGUUGGCGUGAUUUGGGGAGUGGCAAUUAUUUUGACCACAACUUAUGCAAGUUAUAUAACAGUGAUAAUGAGGAGAAUGAGGGGUAGAAAUCCUCAUUGUGAAAGAUGUGAAAUGCUUAACGCUGCACCAGUAAAUGACACAAGUGAAAUUCAAAACAGUUCAGACGAGGUAUAGAUAACUCUCGUAAUGAAGAAGAAGAUACAUUGUGUACUUCGGGCUUACUUAUAUUGAAAUAAAUGUGGAUCAAAAAUGAUCGACACAAUUUCCGUAUUUUGACAGUUUCAGAGAACUUAACUGAAUAAUAAACCGCGCAUAAAGUUUUAACAAUUUUCUUUUUUGCGGAACAAUAUCGUUAAAACAUAUAGGUUUUAAUAUUUUAAAUGCUUUAAAAGCUGCAUCUGUUUUAAAAUAAUACAUGCUGCUUUUCUUUGGAAAAUUUUUAAUGCUAACAUGCGGCUUUGUUUAUCUUUAACUUGCAAAUUGUAUCAUUCUUUAUCUUGGUUGCCUUCUGUGCUUCAGAUGGUCUACAUAUAUCUAUUUAAUUAAAGGUGGUUCAUCAGAUUUUGAUUAACUAAUGGAUUUGUUCAAAACGUAAUCAACUGAUCAUUUACACUUACAUGUGUUCACGAGUUAUUUUUAUAUAAACCAGAAUUUCACUGGAAGAAUUUUUAAAAUUUUAUUUUCC